AUGCGUGGGAACCGCCCCUCCGUCUCCAUUGCCUACCGCCACCUCGGCUUUGUGGUCAACGGCAACAAGCGUAUCCUCCACGACCUGAGCGGCGAGAUCAAGGGUGGAGAGCUUGUGGCCCUCAUGGGUCCCAGUGGUGCGGGCAAGUCGACCUUGCUCAACGUCCUCGCGGGCUUUCGCACUCGGCAAAGCGAGGGCCGCGUCCUCAUCAACGGACACGAUCGUGACCUCAAGCGCUAUCGCAAGAUGGCCUGCUUCGUCAUGCAGGACGAUGUCUUGUUCAAGAACCUGACCGUGGCCGAGUACCUCAUGAUUUCCUGCAACCUACGCUUCGACCCCGAGAUGACCGUCUUUGAGAAGAAGCAGAUUAUCCAGUCGAUUGGUAUUGCUGAAUGCCUUGAUCGCACUGUUAUCCAGCUCUCUGGCGGCCAACGCAAGCGCCUCGCCGUGGCCCUUGAAAUCGUUUCCGAUCCCCCGCUUCUCUUCCUUGAUGAACCUACUUCGGGCUUGGAUUCCACCAGCGCCGUGUCCCUCGUUGAAAUGCUCCGCAGCCUUGCCCAGAGUGGACGCACUGUUGUGGCCAGCAUUCACCAGCCCUCCGCCACACUCUUUGAGCUCUUUGAUCGCACGGUGGUGCUUUCAGGUGGUCAAAUCCUCUACGAUGGACCUGUGAACGAGGUCGUCCCGUACUUCAAGUCACAAAACGUCGAAUGCCCGGCUUAUCACAACCCCGCCGACUUUUUGCUCGAGGUGGCCAACGGUGUCAAGGGCUCUCCGGCCGCUCUUCUUACCAACUGGCGCAAUGAUCAUCCUCCGGGCGAGGUGGCCCUCGGCGAUCAAGUUGCUGUAUGUGCCUUCUCCACCCCCCUCCCCACCCUUUUCCCCUACGCGCUGCACUCACGUGGGCGUGGGCUCUACCCUAUCUCGGUUGCGGACCAGUUUAAAAUCUUGCUCAAGCGCGCGUUCAAGGACGUGAUUCGUGAUACGCUUCUGACCCGCAUGCGGGCCGGCGCUCACGUUGCCGUGGGCAUUAUCAUCGGUGUGCUGUAUCUGCAUCAGGGCGUUCACAGUGACAAGAUCCCCUCGGUCGUGGGUUACUACUUCUUUUCCCUUCUCUUCCUGAUGCUGGCCUCGGUCAUGCCCACCGUGCUUUCCUUUCCCAUUGAGAAGGAGAUCUUUGCCCGCGAGCACUUGAAUAACUGGUAUUCUGUCAAAGCCUACUACUUUGCCAAGAGCCUCAGCGAUUUCCCCUUCCAAGUCGUCUUCCCCAUCAUUUACAUGUCCAUCAGCUACUGGAUGACCGACCAGCCUUCAGAAGCGGGUCGCUUUUUCAAGGUCUUGGCAGCUGCCGUGCUGCAUACCCAGGUGGCCCAGGCGAUGGGCAUCGUCAUCUCCACAGCCGCACCUACCCCACAAGUUGCCGUCUUCAUGGCCCCAAUGAGCUCCAUCCCCAUGAUGCUGUUUUCAGGCUUUUUUGUGCUCAUCAACGGCAUCCCCAUUGCCCUGCGCUGGCUGACCUUCCUCUCCUACUUCCGCUUCACGCUGCAAGCCAUGCUCAUUGCCAUUCUCAAGGACAAGAAGCUGGAUUGUGUCGGUCCUCCCGCCUCCGAUGGCUCUUGCGUGGGCGAGUACGUGGGCGCUCAGGGCCUCCUGCUCGUUUGUUGA